AUGUUUCGUAAUAGUUUAAAAUUAAAUAUAAUCAUCAAAAAUCAUGAGUUGCAAAGAGGCAAACAUACAAGUAAGUUGGAUGCCAUCAGAGAAAAGUUCAGGGAAGGUCCUGGCCUUGCUGAUUUCAUUUCUGAAGAGAGACCGAAAAACUGGGACGACUAUGAGGGGAAAUUAAAACGUGAAAAGGGAGAUACGGAAAGAUUGAGGCUACCUCCAUGGUUAAAAACAUCUAUACCAAGUGGUUCAAAAUUCAGCGCUCUGAAGGAGCAGCUACGUGGACUGAAGCUCAGCACGGUGUGCGAGGAGGCACGUUGCCCGAACAUCGGCGAGUGCUGGAGCGGCGGCAAGCAUGGAACGUCCACGGCGACUAUUAUGUUAAUGGGCGACACGUGCACGCGGGGCUGCAUGUUCUGUUCCGUGAAGACCUCUAGGGCUCCGCCCCCGUUGGACCCCGAGGAGCCCCGGAACACCGCCACGGCCGUGGCCCAGUGGGGCCUCGGCUACAUAGUCCUGACCAGCGUCGACAGGGACGAUCUAACGGACGGGGGGUCCUCGCACAUUGCAGAAACCGUUAUAGAAAUAAAAAGACAGAACAGCGAGAUCCUGGUGGAGUGCCUGGUGCCGGACUUCCGCGGGAGCAGGCGCUGCGUGGAGACCAUAGCCGACAGCGGCCUGGACGUCUUCGCCCACAACAUCGAGACGGUCGAGAGGCUAACUCCGUUCGUGAGGGAUCGCAGGGCUGGUUACCGCCAGACCCUGAAGGUGCUGGAGACGGCCAAGGAGGUGAACCCCGACCUGAUCACGAAGUCCUCCAUCAUGCUUGGCCUCGGGGAGACAGAUGAGCAGGUCGAGCAGACCAUGAAAGACCUCCGCGCGGCCGGCGUGGACUGCCUCACCCUGGGCCAGUACAUGCAGCCCACGAAGCGGCACCUGAAGGUGGCGGAGUACGUGACCCCCGAGCGGUUCCAGCGCUGGGAAAGCGUGGGCGUGGGCCUGGGCUUCCUGUACACCGCCAGCGGGCCGUUGGUGCGCUCCUCGUACCGAGCCGGCGAGUUCUUCAUCAGCAGCCUUCUUCGCCAGAAGCGCUCCGGCACGGCC